ACAGGGUGAACACCUUUUGUCACCGAGAGCAUGGCUGUGGCCGCUCAGGACCAAACUGGCAACAUGUGCCAGACCAAGAUGGACUUCUGGGAUGGGAUGGAUUCCAUCUUCAUGAUGCCCAGCAUCACCCCCACAGAGCGAAGGGCUGUCUGGAGUGCGGUGUCUGGAUACGUCCAACAGCAGCUCCUGCAGCACAAGGGGGUCCGAGUCCCCACCCUUGGCUCCUUUGACGUGGUCCACACUGAGAUCCACGUGGGGGACAGGGCUGUGACCCUCCAAAGGCCGGUGUUCUACCUGGCCAGGAACCUCGGAGGAGCCUCCAAUCUCACGGACAACCCCACUGACCUGGCUGGGGAUAAGCAGCUGGAGCCUCUGAAAUACGCCGAGGUGGCUGGGCAGGCGUCCGUGUCCAGGAGGAAAGCAGAGAGCUGCAUCCUGGGCACCACAUCCCUCCUGUACCACUGCCUGGCCAAGGGCGAGAGCGUCGCCUUCAUCCUCAGGGACGUGGGGGUGCUGCUCAUCGAAGGCGGGAAGGCACACAUGAGGUUCUACCCCGACUUCCUGGAGAAGAUGACCGGGAAGAAGAUCCAGGACAGGGCUACCUUCAAGGUUUUCCAGCAGCUGGACCUGGUGGUGUCCCGUGAGGUGCCCGUUGCUUCCCUGGCUUUCACGAGCCGCGUCCUCGUCUUUCCCGAGUUUGAACCGGCGAGUCUGCCCCUCUCACUGUUCAGGGACCGUCUCAGGGCCUUGAGACACGUCCCUGGUGGGGACAAAGGGUGGCAAAAAGAGAGUUUGCCACCUGUCAGGCAAGGCAUGGAAGGGAGAUUUCCAGGACUGGCCGUGCCCGCUCGCUCCUCUGCUAAGGCGGGCAAGCAGCCCUGGGACGAGGGGGAGACGGAGAUGAAGGACAGCUCUGGGGUCAGGAAGCUGCCAGAGAUCCCAGGGGCUGCUGCUGCUGCUGGAAAAAAGCAGUUUGGGACUGACCAAGCCAAGGGCAAACCCACCCCCAAGGGCCAAGUGUCAGAGCAGGGCCAGGGAGAGGCAACAACCACUCAGAGGGGCAGGGCAGGAGGAGAAGGAGAAGCAAAAGAUUCCCUUGGAAGAGAAGGAGAAAAGAAAGUUCAUCUUAGAAGAGAAGGAGCAUCAAAAGAUUCCCUUAGAAGAGAAAGAGAAAAGAAAGUUCGUUCUGGAAGAGAAGGAACAUCCAAAGAUUCCCUUGGAAAAGAAGGAGCAUCAAAAGAUUCCCUUGGAAGAGAAGGAGCAUCAGAAGAUUCCCUUGGAAGAGAAGGAGAAAAGAAAGCUCCUCCUGGAAAAGGAGAAAAGAAAGUUCCUCCUGGAAAAGAAGGAGAGAAGAAAAUUCCUCCUGGAAAAGAAGGGGGGUCCACGGCUCCGAGGUCCCCCGUGCUGGAGAAGAGGGAGGUGGUUGCCAGGGGGUUGUGGCCGUGGAUGGAGUGA